UCCUAUGGGGUCUAUAUGGUCUCACGGCCGUGGCCACUCUGGCCUCGUCUCUAUGGUUCGGAGGGGGGGCGGGCUGCCUCAUUUCCGCUCCGCUCCCUCCGGCCGCGCGGCGCCGGAAGCGACGCCGGGAGGGCGGGGCCAAGCGGAGGCGGCGGCGCUUCUGCGUGUCGGGGCCGGCGGCGGUGCCGGCGGCGCGAGGUCCCUGCAUCAUCCCCGAGUCCACCGCUCCCCGCCAUGGCCGAGGCCGUUCACUACAUCCACCUGCAGAACUUCAGCCGCUCCCUCCUGGAGACCCUCAACGGGCAACGCUUGGGCGGCCACUUCUGCGACGUGACCGUUCGCAUCCGCGAGGCCACCCUGCGCGCCCACCGCUGCGUCCUGGCCGCCGGCAGCCCCUUCUUCCACGACAAGCUGCUGCUGGGCCACUCGGCCAUCGAGGUGCCGCCCGUGGUGCCCAGCGGCGCCGUGCGCCAGCUGGUGGAGUUCAUGUACAGCGGCUGCCUGGUGGUGGCCCAAUCGGAAGCUCUGCAGAUCCUCACGGCCGCCUCGGUGCUCCAGAUCAAGACGGUGAUCGACGAGUGCACCCAGAUCAUCUCGCAGAGCCGCGGGCCGGCCCGCCCGCCGCGCCACGAGCCCGGCGCCGCGCCGGCGCCCCCGCCCGACCACGACGGCGCCGACGGGACGCCCGGCGGGCACAGCCGCAAACAGCGGCAACCGCUGCGGCUGCAGCUGCCGCUCAAAGAGGAGGAGGAGGAGGAGGAAGACGGCGGGGACGGCGCUUUUGCGCCGCCGCCCUUCGCCGGCGAGGAGCCGCCGUUCUUCGGCGCCACCGAGGUCUUCGCCGACGCCUUCCUGCCCCCCUGGCCCGGCGAGGACGGCGGGAAGUUGGGGAGCGAGUGCGGCUUGGAGGGGCCGGGCCACGCGCCCCCGGGGACCAAGGGGGUGACGGGGGGCGGUGGCUUCGGUUUUGUGGCACCGGUGGCGCCGGCGCCGCUCGCCGAGGGGACGCUGGGGGUCGCCGAGGUGCCGCAGCCCGGCCCCUCGCGCGGCGCCGAGGCCGCGUACCAGUGCGGCCAUUGCCAGAAGAGCUUCAGCUCCCGCAAGAACUACACCAAGCACAUGUUCAUCCACUCCGGCGAGAAGCCCCACCAAUGCUCCAUCUGCUGGCGCUCCUUCUCUCUCCGCGACUACCUCCUGAAGCACAUGGUGACCCACACCGGCGUCCGCGCCUUCCAGUGCGGCGUCUGCUGCAAACGCUUCACCCAGAAGAGCUCCCUCAACGUCCACAUGCGCACCCACCGCCCCGAGCGCUUCCAAUGCCGCCUCUGCACCAAGGGCUUCUCCCACCGCACCCUCCUGGAGCGCCACGCCGCCGCCACCCACCCCGCGCCGCCGCCGGGGCCACCGCCGGGGCCACCGCCACCUGAAGGCGGGUUGGCCACGUGGCCCGGCGCCGAGGCCGCGGGUGCCGGCCCCGCUCACAUGGCAUAAGGGGGGGAUUUGGGGGUCCCCCGGGCCCGUGGGUGACCCCCUUGUGGGGUGAAACAUGGAGGACUUGGACACCACCCCGGCCAUGGACAAGCGGAGGGACACGGGGUCCGUUCCGGGUGUUUCUUACGUGGUUUCUAUCACAGGAUCAGGACCGUUUUGGUUGGAGAGACCCUCAAGAUCAUUGAGUCCAACCAUAACCCAAGCGUCCCCCUCAACCGCGGGGGCGGUUACGUCAACUUGGUGGCAUCGGAAGGUGGUGAAGAUCAACACGUGCGUUUUGUGGACUAUUUUAGUGCUGUUCUUGCAUAUUUAACCCCCUCCUCACUGCUUGGCCACGGGACAUCUCACCCGUUGAGUGGUGGGGUCAACCGUGGGCACGUGGCCACCAUAGAUGGGCUGUAGUAGCCAUGGACCAUG